GGGCAGUGAACACCCGUGAGUCUUCAGGGAUCACUCUCAGUUUGGACCGCACUUGAUUUGAACACACCGCGGUCUUUUGUUUCAAACUCGACGCAGACGUUCGUGGCGCUGAUACUUUAGAAGUAGUCCGUGUCUUGAUGAGAGUCGAUCUGCUUUAAGCGCUUUUUAAUGAGCCCCGUGUAGCCUGCCUCCAGUUUUUGACCCUGCCCAGACUCCGUCCUUCCUGAUGUGGGUGUGGACGCUUGCACAGAUGACUACACAAAUAAUGGAGGAGAAGCGACACUUGGUGUCCCUCUUGUAAGUUAGAAAAACGGUAGAAAUCGCGUCGUAGUUUCGGGUUUUCCGUCCUGGUUGCGGGCUGUAGCUGGAAUGCUGUGUCAGGAUGGGAAAUAUUUUUGGAAAAAAGAAACAGACCCGAGUGACAGAACAAGACAAAGCGAUUUUGCAACUGAAACAGCAAAGAGAUAAGCUGAGGCAGUAUCAGAAGAGGAUCAACCUGCAGCUGGAGAAGGAGAGACUUUUAGCCAAACAGCUGUUGAAAGAUGGCAAAAAACAGAAAGCGCUCCUCCUGCUGAAAAAGAAGCGCUACCAGGACCAACUUCUGGACAAGACGGAGAACCAGAUAAGCAACCUGGAGCGCAUGGUUCAAGAUCUGGAGUUUACCCAGAUUGAAAAGAAAGUUAUCGAUGGGCUGAAGGUUGGAAAUGAAUGUCUGAAAAAGAUGCACGAGGUGAUGUCUGUUGAAGAAGUCGAACGGAUUAUGGAUGAAACCCAAGAUGCCAUCGAGUACCAAAGGCAAAUAGACGAGAUGCUGGCUGGCUCACUAACACAAGAAGAUGAGGAUGCUGUACUGGCUGAGCUGGAGGCCAUCACUCAGGGAGACGUGGAGCUUCCUGAGGUUCCUUCAGACGAGCUGCCAGAAGCCCCAGAGGCCUCAGAGGAGAAGCCAGAGAGGGAAGGUCCCAGAAAGAAGCCGCAGCGAGAGCUGCUCGCUGCAUAGGAACACGAGUGAACUCCCUCAGUUGACCUGCUAGCUGCUGGUCCUUCUCUACAACACUCGAGUCCUACCUGAACCAACAACCACACAAACAUUUUGCUGGAGGCCUCUCUCUCCUUCUGAGGUGUGUGAUAAGGUGACAGCAGCCACUUUCAGAUACGGAGCUUCCUCCAUAUCAUCCAGCCACUGUUUGUCCUCCUCUGCUGCAGGCUGACUCACGAAGGCAGUCGGGACUGGUUCACCGCAGAGACUCUGAGAAAUGCUGAUUUCAACCAUGAGGACCUGUGAAAUUAGACAAUUGUGCCUAACCUUUGUUUGAGUAGUGUUCUUUCUCUGUGUUCAUCACUAAACCAUUUAACAUACAUCGACUUAACUUAAAUGCACGUAUGUGUUACUCAGUGUAUUUCAUCAAAUGGUCUCUCGGGUUAUAUCUUCUCCUGGGUAUGGUUUGAAACCUUUAGUGUAUAAAUGGUCAGUUCACCCAAAUUACAAAAAGACUCGCAGUAUUUGCUGGUUUUAUCGUGGUUGUAUUUGUCCAGGUUUUGAGAUUUCUCCUCCUCCUCCUCAGUACAGUGGAGGUGAGUGGAAUUUCAUCUGUGCCUCUCAAGGAACUUAAAAAUGACGUUUUAAAAAACACAGCAGCAACAUCUCUUUCCAGAAAGCAUGUCCGUGUCACUCUAAAUAAUCCACAGGCCUGGCUGUCAACAUUUUUCACUGGGACUACGUUCUACUGAAGAAACACUCUGAGAACAGUAGAGAUCUGAAAAUCCAACUGAAAAGAAAUAGCUUUUUCUGUCUGCUACAGCAACACAUCUGCUCUGUAAAUAACUUGUCCAGUGUCUUCCUUUGAGGAAAAAACCAGAAACCAAAAGGAAGAAAUUUAUAUUCCAUAUAUUUUUUCUUUCACGAUGGUGCGCCUUAUUUUUGCAUUAACUUGCCAGAACAAUGUUAGUUCUACAUCUACAAAGACAGGGAAAGUUCUCCAAAGCCUUUUUUGUUCCUUUUCCAUGAUAAAAACAUUCCCUGACAAUAAGAGCCACUGACAUCAUUAUUAACUGACUCCUUGUGAUUUCAGCUGGAUCCGGGAAAAUGAAACCAAAACGAUCUACUUUGCCAGACCGACACUAGAAUCGAGGAAUCAAAUGUUUUUCUCGUCGUUUGGGUGAACUGACCCUUUGCGGCAGGCAGGAUGAAAACGUGACCUGUGCCCUGUAAGGUCUGGCGUUAUUUUCCCCCAGUACUGCGCUCGUCCGUCUCAGCUGGCGAGCUCUGCCUUCGCCCCGACCAUUUGACCCACCCCGGAACUUUUACUAAGCGCGGACACAUUUGCAUAGGCAUCUGUUUCACAGAAUAUUCUCUCAGUCUGACCCCUUUUCAAGCAGCUUAACGAAUCUAAUUUUGUGUUCCCCUUGUGGAUUAGUUCAGUGUCAGUGGACAAAGGGCUAAUGAUAUUGUCUGUGGGCUUACCUCUGAAGCCCGGACAACAGUUGUUAAUCUCUUCAAGCUAAUAACUUGACACAACCUGGAUCUGCACCCACCGAGUAUUAUCGGUGCAGGGGCCUGUAAUUACUGUUCUGUGCAUACCAUUCUCAUAUAUUUUAUUAUAUAGAUCUCCGUUGAAGUGCAGAAGUGCAGAAUGGUGGCCUACAUUCAUAAGACUUAAGAUUGUGUAUUUUUGAAGAUCCAUCGAACUAAUCUUUAAGUCAGUUAAUGUCGCAGACGGAAAACACCGAUGACUAAUACCUGUCAAGCUGCUGACGUCGUUUCGUCGGUCAAACUCUUCUUAAAAAUUGGUUUGGAACUUGUACCUCUCUCUGUACAUUCUUUUUACAAUAAAAUUGUGGUUUUUUUUUUUUUUA